GAGUGUACUGCUGGCAGCUGAUGGAGGAGUUGACGGCGGCGCUUCCGGCCCUUGAGCGCGCCAGAGUGACUCUUCUCGCUGUCAGCAUCGGCACUCCUGACAAGGCCAAGAAGCUGGUGGAUGAUCUGGGCUACCUCAAUGACCAGAUCUUGUUCGUUGACAUCCCUCCUGACCUCAAGUGAGUGAAUGUGAGGGGAUGAGAUGAGUGAGAGAGAACACAUGAUCCAUCCAUCACUCGCCAUCCAUCUGCCGACCGACUGGGACGGCGUGUUUCCUUCCUUCUGGUUUUGCUUUGCCUGUGUGUCAGGGCCUACCGAGCGGUUGGCCUCCUUCCCUCGUUCUUCACGAGGCCUCGUCGGGUCCCACCCGAUCUAGGUGGCCCCUUGCAGCUGCUGAACCCAUUCCGAUUCCAGGAGAAUAUCCGUGUCAUCCGGGAGCAGUUCGACGCCUUUCUGCCGCGGAAGGAAAUCGCUGACAAAUGGCGCCCCCGCCCCUACGCACCCACACAGGUAGACGCGUAUAGCCGCCCUCACGCACCGCACAUGAUGCGAUUUCCAUUGUGGUGUACGCUAUGCCCCGUCGUGUGUUGCGUGUAUCGCCCAGGUCAAGGCGGUAUCCCAGCAAGGUGGCGCUUUUGUCUACGACUCGAAGGGAGAGCUGAUCUUCGCUUCUCGCGAUCGCAUACCUCCUGAGUAUGUGCCUGUGCCUGAGCUUCUCGACAUUGUGGGCGUCAAGACAGCUGCUGCAUAAGCUGUGGGUGUGUCGUGUGUGGUUUUUCCGCUGUGGGGGCUCUGCUGAUGGCAGAGAGAGAUGAUCCCUGAUGGCCAGGCGAGAUAGACGGACCGCAUUUGUUUUGGCUGAGUGAGAGGCAUGGCGUGCAGCCUUGCCCGUGUGCUGUGCAUGUGUGUGUGCCCUUCUGUGACGGCUGGUCGACAAGUCCAUGUGUCUGUGGAAUCGGUCUGGCCUGAGAGUGUCUCGCUCCCACUGAUCUCCUGUGCCGGCGGGGGAGGGAGUGCAGGCAGGGGCGCACCACUGUGCUCUGGGGUGUGCUGUGUGGACACGCUUCUCGCCAAUCUAAAUGCAUUCAUUCAUUCA